CCAAGGAGUUCUCCAUGGCUGGCACUGUCUUGCCCAACGCCAACGGCUUUGGCUUCCCUUUUCCGAAGGGUUCGCGGUUGGCGGGAGACAUGUCAGCCGCAAUAGCGAAACUGAGGGAAGAAGGGAAGCUGCAGUUGAUGCAAGACGCGUGGUUCAACGGCCGACAAGGAGAUCGUGAUGUUCCCGUGGAGGACGAGGAUGAUGAUUCUGUGAAGCCUCUUACGUUAGAGAGGUUCGAUGGUUUGUUCCUCAUAAGUGGGUCGUCGUCAGUGUUGGCCCUCUUCUUGUUCUGCAUGCUGAAGCUACGAGUGUGUAGGUGCAUGUUUAAGAAGGUGGUGCAGUGCUGCAGCCGCCGAGCCAGAGAUCCAGCUGUGCUAGUGUAGUGAACCAAGAAUAUGUGUCUUGAUCCGGACCUGAGACCAGCUUGUUAAUCGAUCUGUGCGAGUUAAUUAUUGUUGGAA